AUGCGUGUAUACAUUCUCGAAGCGGAGCUGGCAAAGUAUAGAAAUGAGUUCCAGAACCGCAAUGGCGGUGACACAGAACAACAGGAGCAGCAGGGGUUGAAGAUCGAGGAAUCAGAUCGGCCUUCGUCUAUCGAUUCACUCGAGCAACACCGUGAAGAUGAUAAGGAAGCCGUGGAUCUACUCUCUCGGGACAUCGAAGGCUUAACAGUAGAAGAUGACGGGCGCAUCUCUUUCCAUGGGCCAACGAGUCUAUUUCAGUUGCCGAGCGGUCUGGCAGAGGCUGCUAACCCGGCUUUGCCAGUCGAUAAUGAGUCCGAUGGUCGAAAAGAGCGUCUCAUUAACAAUGCAUGGAGAGAACGUGCCUUCGAGCAGUUGACUACCAUCCCAGUAUGA